UUCAGUGAAAUGGCAGAAGCCAGUAUUUCAGUGUUUCAGGAUCAGUUCAGCUGUUCAAUCUGUCUGGAUCUACUGAAGGAUCCAGUGACUAUUAACUGUGGACACAGUUACUGUAUGAGCUGUAUUACAGACUGCUGGAAUCAGGAGGAUCAGAAGAGAGUUUAUAGCUGCCCUCAGUGCAGACAGACCUUCACUCCAAGACCUGCUUUAGGAAAGAAUGUGAUUCUUGCUGAGAUGGUGGAGAAACUGAAGAGAACAAAACUUCAUUCUGAUGGAGCUGCUCCCAGUUAUGCUGGACCUGAAGAUGUGGAGUGUGACGUCUGUACUGGGAGAAAACACAAAGCUGUCAAGUCAUGUCUGGUGUGUCUGAACUCUUACUGUCAAACUCACUUUGAGCGACAUGAAGAACUUCAAUCAGGAAAGAGACACAAAGUAACUGAAGCCACUGGAAGACUUCAGGAGAUGAUCUGCUCGCAGCAUGACAGAUUGCUCGAGAUUUUCUGUCGUACCGACCAGACAUGUAUUUGUUAUCUGUGUACGAUGGAUGAGCAUAAAAGCCACAACACUGUAUCAGCUGCAGCAGAGAGAACAGAGAAACAGAGACUAUUGAAGGACAACCAGAGAAAACACCAGCAGAGGAUCGAGGAGAAAGAGAAGAAGCUUCAGGAUCUCAGAGAGGCUGUGAAGACACACAAGCGCUCUGCACAGACAGCAGUGGAGGACACUGAGAGGAUCUUUACUGAACUGAUUCGCUCCAUUAAGAGUAGAAGCUCUGAGGUGAUACAGCUGAUCAGAGAUCAGGAAAAGACUGCAGUGAGUCGAGCUGAAGGACUCUUGAAGGAACUGGAGCAGGAGAUUGAAGAUCUGAGGAGGAGACAUGAUGAGAUGGAGCAGCUUUCACACACAGAACAUCACAUCAGUUUCCUGCAGAGUUUCCAGUCUCUCUCAGCAUCGUCUGGAUCUACAGACAACAUCACUGUCAGUUCUCUUCUCUUGUUUGAUGAUGUGGGGAAAUCUGUCUCCAUACUAAAAGAGAAGGUGGAGGAUUUCUGUAAAGAAGAGAUUGAAAAGAUAUCUGGCAAAGUUUCAUACAUUGUCAUUAUUCCUACCAAUGAACCAAGUACCAGGAUGGAGUUCAUACAAUAUUCCCGUAAAUUCUCUCUGGAUCCAAACACAGCACAGAAGAAUCUCUGUCUGUCUGAGGAGAACAGAGCAGCUAAAUACACUGACACAGAGCAACAGUAUCCUGAUCAUCCAGACAGAUUUGAUGAUUAUUAUGAUGUGUUGUGUAGAGAGAGUGUGUGUGGACGCUGUUACUGGGAGGUCGAGUGGAGUGGAGAGAACACUGAAUUUGUAGUGUCAUAUAAGAGCAUCAGCAGAAAGGGAAAAAUAGACGAGAGUAGAUUUGGAAAUAAUGAUCAGUCCUGGUGUUUGGAGUGCUCUUCCACUGAAUGUUCAUUCUGGCACAAUGACAUGGAGACUAAACUCCCAGUAGUGUCCAGUUCUUGUAGAAUAGGAGUGUAUGUGGAUCACAGUGCAGGAAUUCUGUCCUUCUACAGCGUCUCUGACACAAUGACCCUCAUCCACAGAGUCCACACCACAUUCACUCAACCUCUCUAUCCUGGGUUUGGGUUAGAUGUGACCUCAAUGGUGAGACUCAUCUGACAAUACAAAGCUUUACAUUUUUAUUUAAAUACACAACUGUGAUCUAAAAUAUUAAUAUAGUCAAUGUUAAUCAUGUAUCAUGUUAAAUGUUAAAGAAUAAAAGUUUCAUGUUUCAUCAAUAUUGUUUCAUGUUAUAAUAUUUUAAGGAAAAAUAAAGUACAAUUAAACCUACA